AUGGACUGGGCAGUCCUUUUGAUUUUGUGCUCACUCCAUGAGAUUCAGUCUCAUUUCGUUUGGAAUACUGGGGGUGGGUCUUCGCUCUUUGUGGCCAUUGCUAUUCCCCUGGAGUUGCACAACAAGGUCUUUCUGUCGUACAACUUUGAGGUUAGCUAUCACCUGCCAAAAACUUGGACAGACAAGCCGCCCGUUCUGAGACAUGGCAAUGGGACAAAUGGUAAUUAUUCUUUGAGUGACUACGAUGGUCUCUAUGGACACCACGGGCCCGGAGGAGACUUUGGUGAUUACUAUGAGGACUACCACGAUAACUCUCAUUCCGGACACAAGCACAAGCCUUCGCAUCACAAGAAAAAGAAGAAGAAGCCUCUACACCAGCCUGCUAGUGGCGGAGGAGGAGCUGUCCUGAAGCCACCAAAGCAUAAGCACAAGCGUAAGCACAAACACAAGCCGAAACCCCCGCCACCAAAGGACGAAGAUGAUGGCGACUACAAGGACUUCUUUGAGGGAUUUCCGCUGGACGGUGAUGGCGAUCCAGUGCCCAGACAUCGCCACGAAAGAUCUCUCCUCUCGCGCUCAAAGUUCUACGAGAUACUCAGCCACCGCUUCGAGCAGCACGGAUUCGGUUCCGGCGAUCAGUGCCUUCUGCGGCUGAUCUGCGAGGCGAACAGCUACCAACUGGGAAACCAUAACGGAGUGCUGGGCAGCUUGGUCCACGUCAUGUUCAGUCCCACCAGCUCUCGCUACGAGUCGCUGCCGAAGCGCUACUAUAUCGCCGAGCUGGAUGGACAGAGGGGCAGCUGCGAGAGCUACAGGAGGGAGUGCAAGCAGAGUAUUCUCGACCUGAUCACGCAACCCAUACUCCGCUCGAUGGGAAAUAAAAGCACUAUCCACUAA